AUGAAAAAUUUAUCAAAUAAUAUCAUCAAAAGCAUUAGAGGAAAAAAAAAAAUUGCAUAUGAAAGCUUUUUUUACAAUUUCAAGGAACAUUCUGUUGGUAAAUUGGUCUGGAGGUGCAAUAAGAGAGGGUGUCCUUCAUUAUUAAAACC